GCUAACAUCACCCCACUUAACCCUAGAACAUCUUCCGGACGCCUCCCUCGCUCUCGCGUUCUCGGCAAACCAGCGACGGCGACCGCUCUUCACGGCUGCCCCCCUUCUCCCGUCGGGCAUCGGCGGAUUUGCGCGGGCCGCUAUCCUCUUCUUCCCGAUAGUUCUUCCUAGCCAUGGCUGGGAGGCACACCAUUAUUCUGAUGCAACCAUCCCAAAAUAGGAGCUCCAGGACGUUCAUGGAUUAUAAUUCAAUUAACCAUGCAUUGGAUGGAAUCUGUGGUCUCUAUGAAAGGAAAAUCAGGGAUAUCAACCCAAUGAUCCCGAACAUAACCUAUGACAUCACUGACCUGUACAACUUCAUUGAUGGCCUAGCUGACAUCAGUGCACUAGUCUAUGAUCACGAAAUCCAUGCGUUUCUGCCGUAUGACCGGCAGUGGAUAAAGCAGAAGUUGUUUCAGCACCUUAAGAAGCUGGCGCAAAGAUAGUGACUGGUUCUUGUUGUUGGUUCAGUAUGUCGCCACCGUUAGACAGGCAGGCAUCUGUGAUAAUUUGUGUCUGAUUAGUGCACCAGAAAGGUUUUUCUUGUACCAUGAUGAGAAUUUCACAUGGCAUGCUUAUAUUCUCGGUGUCGAACUAGGUUGAUGGUGGUUUGCCUCUGGUAUCCUAUAUAUAUGUGAGAUAAACAUAUAUUUGUUGUUUUAUAAGAGCAUCUUCAACAGUCUAA